UUGAGUUCUUCCUUUUUGGAUCCAACUUCCAAAGAACGCGGUUUGUUCAUUCAAGUUUGAACAGUUUCCCUUCCAAUUCUGUCACCAAACCAAAGGAAAGCCCCACAUCUGUACCUCACCGAUUCCCAAAUCCCCUAACCUCGACCAACUCCUCCCUGCGGAUCCUCUCGAAUCGCGAAUCCAUGGCUUCUUUGCAAUCCGAUCAGCUCAAGCAGCUGCACGACAUUUUCAUGCGCUUCGACAUGAACUCCGAUGGUAGCCUCACCCAGCUCGAGCUUGGCGCCCUCCUCCGUUCCCUCGGCAUCAAGCCCUCUGGCGAUCAACUCCAUUGUCUCCUCUCCAAUAUGGAUUCCAAUGGCAACGGCUCCAUCGAAUUCGACGAAUUGGUCAAUGCGAUUCUCCCCGAUUUAAACGACAAUAUUCUCGUCAAUCAAGAGCAGUUGAUGGAGGUUUUCAAAUCCUUCGAUCGUGACGGUAAUGGCUUCAUCACUGCCUCCGAGCUCGCCGGUUCCAUGGCUAAGAUGGGUCAUCCUCUGUCCUACCGCGAACUUUCCGAGAUGAUGCGGCAGGCCGACACCGACGGCGAUGGCGUAAUUAGCUUCAACGAAUUCACCACCGUCAUGGCCAGGUCCGCCGCAGAUUUUCUCGGCCUUACAUUUGCGUAGAUCGUGUUCAUUCACACUUUGAUUUCCCCUUCUUUAGAUGUACAUAGCAUGGUAUAAUUACCAUCUGAUCUUAGUCGCUGUUCGUUUCCAGUAAUUAAUUUCUUCAUAAGCUUUUGGUGCAGCCCUGAUGCUCAGAAAACAAGAAAGAAAAAACAAAAAAACAAUCCCAACUGUGCUUGUAAUGUCGAUGUUUCAAUUCUAUAUUUGAUCUUUCAACUUGCUUCCUGUACUGUAUUUGCCCCAAUAUUCUAUAUAUUACAUUAUAUUCGUGUUA